AUGGAUCCCAAUCCCACCAGAGUUGUUAUUUAUUCUUGUGUCACCGAUAUUGACGGCUGUCCUCAGCGAUGCCACGUCAAAAUUGCGGAAAGCUUCUGUGAAAAUAUCCUAAAUCGUGCAUUCAAUAAUAUACUUGACCCAGACGGCUACGACCAUGUCCAUAUUCCCGCUGAUUUUGACUCUCCGCAGCCUAUCAAAACAUGGUUUAUUCUUAGCUUGGAUGUUACCCAACCACUCAAGAAGGAGGAUGUUUGCAACUUCCCCAUCAGGUUCUUUAUCCUUCGCGAGUCAUGGGUUGAAAAAGCGAAGUCCAGAACCAUCUCAUAUCAUUGGGGAGGUAAACAGGAGCAAAAAAUUGUUGAAGAUAUGCGAAAAGAGCUCAAUGAUGGGAAGGAGUGA